AUGACGAACCACCAAGAAUCCGGCUACCAGGUCCUUGAAAGUGAAUCUCAUUCUCACGAUGAAACUUUGAAUGACUCAAGAAACGACGAACAUACGGAGAACACCCGCAAUUCCAGCUUCAUCGAAACAAUGAAGGAAAUCACCACUGUUAACCGACUUGUCAGCCUUGCGACCCGUGCAACAAUUUUUCUGGUCAUCAUCGCUAUCAUCCUCAUCUGGGGCUACACCAAGCUUGCUCACAAGCAGAAAACAGAAAAUUGA